CCCCGCCCCCCGAGAGGCCGCCUAUAAAGGCGCUUUCCCACUCCGGCUAGCUGUGAAGGACGUUCGGGCUGUGAGCGCGACACGGGUCGGAGGGGCAGUCGGGGCCGCGAAGAAGCCGAGGAACCUUGAGUCCUGCGUGACGCCCCUCUCUCAGUCCAAAAGCGGCUUUUGGUUCCGCGCAGAGACCUUGGUGGGGGGGAGUCGACCUUUUCCUCGAAAGCCGCCACCCUGCCCUUGGCCCCGAGGACAAAGAGCACCGCAGGGUCUAGCACGCUGGGGGCGCUGAAGCCGGCCAUGGUCAUGGAAGUGGGCACCCUGGACGCCGGAGGCCUGCGGGCACUGCUGGGGGAGCGCGCGGCGCAGUGCCUGCUGCUGGACUGCCGCUCCUUCUUCGCUUUCAACGCAGGCCACAUCGCCGGCUCGGUCAACGUGCGCUUCAGCACCAUCGUGCGGCGCCGGGCCAAGGGCGCCAUGGGCCUGGAGCACAUCGUGCCCAACGCCGAGCUGCGCGGCCGCCUGCUGGCCGGCGCUUACCAAGCCGUGGUGUUGCUGGACGAGCGCAGCGCCGCCUUGGACGGCGCCAAGCGCGACGGCACCCUGGCCCUGGCGGCCGGCGCGCUCUGCCGUGAGGCGCGCGCCGCGAAAGUCUUCUUCCUCAAAGGAGGAUACGAAGCGUUUUCAGCUUCCUGCCCGGAGCUGUGCAGCAAACAGUCGACCCCCAUGGGGCUCAGCCUUCCCCUGAGUACUAGCGUCCCUGACAGCUCGGAAUCUGGGUGCAGUUCCUGCAGUACUCCACUCUACGAUCAGGGUGGCCCGGUGGAGAUCCUGCCCUUUCUGUACCUGGGCAGUGCCUACCAUGCUUCCCGCAAGGACAUGCUAGAUGCCUUGGGCAUCACUGCUUUGAUCAACGUCUCAGCCAAUUGUCCCAACCAUUUUGAGGGUCACUACCAGUACAAGAGUAUCCCUGUGGAGGACAACCACAAGGCGGACAUCAGCUCCUGGUUCAACGAGGCCAUUGACUUUAUAGACUCCAUCAAGAAUGCUGGAGGAAGGGUGUUUGUCCACUGCCAGGCAGGUAUUUCCCGAUCAGCCACCAUCUGCCUCGCUUACCUCAUGAGGACUAACCGAGUCAAGCUGGACGAGGCCUUUGAGUUUGUGAAGCAGAGGCGAAGCAUCAUCUCCCCCAACUUCAGCUUCAUGGGCCAGCUGCUGCAGUUCGAGUCCCAGGUGCUGGCCCCACACUGCUCAGCAGAGGCUGGGAGCCCUGCCAUGGCCGUGCUGGACCGAGGCACCUCCACCACCACCGUCUUCAACUUCCCCGUCUCCAUCCCUGUCCACUCCACGAACAGUGCGCUGAGCUACCUGCAGAGCCCCAUCACGACCUCUCCCAGCUGCUGAAAGGCCAUGGGAGGUGAGGCUCUUCACAUCCCACCGGGACUCCAGGCUCCUUCUUGAGAGGAGAAAUGCAAUAACUCUGGGAGGGGCUCAAGAGGGCUGGUCCUUAUUUAUUUAAUUUCACCCGAGUUCCACUGGGUUCCUAACCAGUCGUCCUGAUGACUUAGCGUCAAGACAUUUGCUGAACUCAGCAUUCGGGACCAAUAUGUAGUGGGUACAUCAAGUCCCUCUGACAAAAUGGGGCAGAAGAGAAAGGACUCAGUGUGUGAGCCAAUUUCUUUUUGCUUGCCCCGGUUUUUGUAGAAUCUCUUCAUGCUUGAGAUACCUACCAGUAUUAUCAUUCCCAACAACACAUAUACAUAUGAGAAUAUACACCUUAUUUAUUUUUGUGUAGGUGUCUGCCUUCACAAAUGUCAUUGUCUACUCCUAGAACCAAAUACCUCAAUUUUUGUUUUUGAGUACUGUACUCUCUGUAAAUAUGUCGUGAGCAGGUUUGUUUUCAGCACUGAUGGAAAACACCAGUGUUGAGGUUUUUUUUAGUUGCCAACAGUUGUAUGUUUGCUGAUUAUUUAUGACCUGAAAUAAUAUAUUUCUUCUUCUGAGAAGACAUUUUGUUACAUAAGGAUGACUUUUUUUAUACAAUGGAAUAAAUUAUGGCAUUUCUAUUGAAAUUUCAA